AUGCAUAGACUUGGUUCAUCUAAUCAGACUACAUUUAUUCUUGUUGCUUUUACUUUUGAACCAAGAGUACAGUUAGCUUUUUUCAUCUUGUUUUUAAUCAUUUAUUCUAUUUCUUUAUUGGGUAAUAUUGCAAUAAUUGUGGCGAUCUGCUUAAACCAGCGUCUCCGCACCCCUAUGUAUAGCUUCCUUUGCAGUCUGGCAUUUUUGGAUAUCUGGUUUAUAUCUUCAACUGUUCCCAAACUUCUCGCAAUCUUGGUUAGUGAUGAGAGAAUCAUCUCUCUCCCUGGUUGCAUAAUGCAGUUUUACUUUUAUUUAUCACUCGGUGGCACAGAAUUUUACCUUUUAGCGGUUAUGUCAUUGGAUCGUUAUGCAGCUAUUUGUCAUCCAUUGAGAUAUCACUCAAUCAUCUCCAGCAGGACUUGCCUAUGGUUAAUUCUUUUAUCUUGGUUCACAGGAUUCUUUACUUUCAUCUAUCCCACAAUCCUAAUGUUUGAUUUAUCCUUUUGUGGUCCCUUUGAAAUAAACCACUUUUUCUGUGACAGUUCUGCUGUAGCAGAGAUCAGUUGUUCUGACAUAAGAAUAUUUGACCUAUUUUUUUCCAGUCUUGCCUCAACUGUGAUUCUGGGAUCAUUCACCAUGACAUUGGUAUCUUAUAGCAACAUUCUCUUUACCAUCCUGAACAUCCCAUCUGCUGAUGGAAGAAAGAAAGCUUUCUCAACAUGCACAUCUCACUUUACUGCGGUCUCCUUGGCUUAUGGCAGUGCCAUAGUUAUAUAUGUACGACCUGUUGAAAGCUCUUCUCCUAACCUCAACAAAGGGGUUGCUCUUCUUAACAGUGUUUUGACACCUCUACUUAAUCCAUUCAUCUACAGCCUUCGUAAUAAGCAGGUUCAAAAUGUUCUUAAAGAUACUCUGUGCAGAAAAUCUGAAUUCUCAUGA